UGGUGUUAGGAGGGAGGGAUAGGGGGACAUCCAAAGCUGGGUGGUGGCGAAGUAUAUUAGAAAUCAUCACAGCUAAACUGGGUGCAAGAGUUUAGAACUCAUCCUAAGCCCUUGUCGAAGCCACUUAUUCUGAAAAGUGUCUGUUUCCUAUUGAGUUUAUUGCUACAAUUAAGUGUAACACCCCUGACAUGGCCCAGGAGAUCCACAUGGCAGAUCCCAUGUGCCUCAUUGAGAACACUAAUGAACAAUUCACAGUCAAUGAGGAAGCUUUGCAGAUCCUGUCUGCCAUUACGCAGCCUGUGGUGGUGGUGGCUAUCGUGGGUCUCUACCGCACAGGCAAGUCCUACCUGAUGAACAAGCUGGCUGGGAAGGAAAAGGGCUUCUCUGUUGGAUCCACGGUGCAGUCCCACACCAAAGGCAUCUGGAUGUGGUGUGUGCCUCAUCCUGAGAAGCCAGACCACACCCUCGUUCUGCUUGACUCAGAAGGCCUGGGUGAUGUAGAGAAGGCUGAUGAUAAGAAUGACACCAAGAUCUUUGCGCUAACGAUCUUAUUGAGUAGCACCUUUGUGUACAAUACCAUGAGCAAAAUUGACCAGGGGGCUAUGGAUCUACUAAACAAUGUGACAGAACUGACAAGUGUGCUUAGGGCAAGAGCCUCACAUGACCUGGAUGAAGUUGAAGACUCUGCUGACAUUGUGAGCUUCUUCCCAGACCUGGUGUGGACUCUGAGAGAUUUCUUCCUAGACCUACAAAAAGAUGGGCAGCUCAUCACGGCAGAUGAAUACUUGGAGCUCUCACUGAAGCUAAAGGAAGGUGAUGAUCAAAGAACUCAGAUGUAUAACCUGCCCCGUAAGUGUGUAAAGACGUUCUUCCCAACAAGGAAAUGCUUUGUUUUUGACUCACCCACUGACCUGAAGAAGGUUGCCCAACUUGAGACAAUGCACGAUGAUGACCUGGAUCCUGCAUUUGUGCAACAAGUGGCAGAAUUCUGUUCCUACAUCUUUAGCCAUUCUAUGGCCAAGAUUCUUCCAGGUGGUAUCAAGGUCAAUGGACCUCGUCUAGAGAAUCUGGUGCUGACCUAUGUCAAUGCCAUCAACAAUGGCCACUUGCCCUGCCUUGAGAACGCAGUCCUGACCUUGGCCCAGAUAGAGAACUCAGCUGCAGUGCAAAAGGCCAUUGCCCACUAUGACCAGCAGAUGAGCCAGAAGGUGCAGCUGCCCACAGACACCCUCCAGGAGCUGCUGGACCUGCAUAGGAUCAUUGAGAGAGAAGCCAUUGAUGUCUUCAUGAAGAACUCUUUUAAGGAUGAGGACCAAAAGUUCCAGAAGGAAUUAGAGACUUUACUCGUGGCAAAGCAUGAUGACUUUUAUAAACGGAACUUGGAAGCCUCAUCAAACCUAUGCUCAGCUCUGCUUCAGGAGAUUUUUGGUCCUCUAGAAGAUUCAGUGAAGCAGGGGGCUUAUUCCAAACCAGGAGGCCACAGUAUCUACCUUCAGAAGGUUGAAGCAUUAAAGGCAAAAUACUAUCAGAAGCCCAGGAAAGGAAUAGAGGCCGAGGAAGCUCUGCAGAAAUAUUUAAAGUCCAAGGAGUCUGUGAGUGCUACAAUUCAGCAGACGGAUCAGGCUCUCACUGCCAGAGAGGCAGAGAUGGCAGAGGCACGUAGAAAAGCAGAGGCUGCAAGAGCUGAAGCCCAAAGGUUGGCAGCUAUUGAACAGGAAAACCAGAGGAGGAUGGAGGAGCAACAGAGGCGCCACCAGGAAGAGGUGCGGCAAAUGGAGCUAAACAGAGCACGGAUGCGGGAAAAGCAACAGAGGGAAGUGCAGCGCAGGCUCCAGGAAGAAGCUGCCAGGCUAAAUGAGGUACACCAAGCUGAGCAACAACGGCUUCAGGCGGAAAUCCGUAGACUCCAGACGUAUUCUCCACCUUCAAACGAAUGCGUUUUGUUGUAAAGUGGUGAACACCACAGUCUCCUUUUUACAAAAGAGAUAAAAGAAUAAGAGAUUUUAGCUGUUUAGUAACACUUAAACUACUAAUUGCUAUAUUGAUAUUUCAUACAGAGUCAUAAUGUUGUAACUGUAAACUAACAAAAUAUGUAUAUUGACAGUCCAGUGAUUCAAAUGAUAAUCACUUCCUUGAAUAGUUUAUAAAUUAAAGAAGGGCUACUUUAUCAAUAACUUCAUUUAAGCAGUGGUGCUGGGAUACACAAGGGGCAGUUUCUGUUGCAUUCCAGUUUCACUUGUCUGGUCUUCCACAUUCCACCCAUGGUAUUUUCAAUUAUGGAGAGUAUGUGGUCAACGUCUUGGGCUUAGUAGGAUGUCACUCCUACUGGUGGUCAUGUGUUGGAUGCCAUCCAAGGGAGGCCCCAGUGGUGAAAUGGGAAGCAGGUGCAGGUGUCCUGGGUGGAGAGUGCUCUAGCAGCACUGACAUGACUCCCCAGCUGUGCCUUAGACCAUCUGCACAAACACUGCAAGCUGAGGAUGUGAUGCUCUCACAAGAUGGGUAUCUUUUAGAAGGUGAAAGAAACUAGGAACAUGGAGAUUGCAUCGUAAGCUUAGAGGUCAAAAAAUAGGCUUUUCUUUUGGUUUACACUCAGAAAGGGCAUAAUAUUAUUAGACUUUUUGACUACAUUAUAGUGUAGUUAAUAAGCUUACAUGUUUAUAGUUUUUGAAUGCUGAUACAAAAAUGAUAUAAGGUGUGCUGUGUGAACUAUCAAGAAAUCUGAUGAGGCUCAUUCAAUUGGAUGUUUGUAAUUAUAUGUAAAAGUCAUUGACUUUUCUCUCAAAUUGUACUUUAUGAGUCUUCUUUUGUAUAUUUCCAUCCAUAAAACAUUUAGAAACCAUUAACUCAGAAUUACUUCAUUUUAAUUUUCCUCAAUAA